CCCCCCCUCGACGCGCCUCCCCCCCACCCCUCUCGUCGUCUCCCCUCCGCACUGCGAUCCGCGCCGCCCGCGGCCGCCGCUCACAGAGAGCCCAAGCGCCGCGCCGCGUGGAUGGACGAUCCAGAAUCCUGUUUCCUGUCGUGGACAAUUACCUCAUUCAAGUAAAACUCCUAGAAGGUGAGACAUCGGCACCAUGUUCAGAGAAAAUCUGAAGACCAUCCUGGAUGGAGCCUUGUCAAGGAAGAAAAAUACUGGUACGUGUUAUUUUUAGUUGCCUUAUUUAUAACUGUGUUAAUGACCAUAUUAUGCUAAUCGUGUGCAUUCCCAUCGUCUUCGUGAUUUCUAUUUAUGUACACUCACGACAUAUUGUUUUAAUUUCAAUGCAUCAAAAAAGACGGGCAGCAAUUUUGAAGCAGUGAGCUACUUUUCUCAUCUAAAUGUCGAGAAUGUUUCAUAACAGACAAAUAAUGCAGCAUAAUAAGAGAAAUGUACAGCUCAACAAAGACAAAUAUUUUCAUGGCCAUAAUUUGAGUUAAUAAUUUAGUGGUUGUGGCUUAUCCUCUGAGUUCAGGGCUGAACACUGACACAGUGACCUUUUGAGAGUCUCAAUGUCAAGGAGGGGUCUUCAAAAUCCUAUCCUCAUAGAUUUGUAGAUGGCGCCACUACUUAAUAAUUGCUCCAUGGUUGCACUAUAAAUCUCUCCUUGGUGCGUUAUCAGGGAUAUGGUGUUGGAUUCCACUCUUUGGACCCUGGACCCAAAUGCAAAGGCACUAACUACAGACCACAUAGUCACGCCUAAGCUGUUAUUGAAAUUUAACCCGUGGCUUCACUAAUCUUUGGAUGUGUUCAAUCUGUGUGUGGUACUUAUGCAUUCGGCAUGUUUGCGAUAGUGUGUGCAAUUUUAAUAUUUCAUUGCCGGUUGCGUUACACCUGUGUUCAAAAGGACUUUGAUCGCUUGCAGGCAUGUUGUUUCGGCGGGCAAAAUAAAAGGCGUUAUUUUUCUUCAUGUAGAGCACCUGUGCCAUGGUAUAGCCCACAUGUCAUUCGUACAUUCUUGCUUUUUGUUAUGAUUUUGGGUUUAGCCUAAUGUGUUGACGCAACAGCAAGGAAAGGGAACUUGAUAGGGUGGGUUAGCCCGCAGUGCAAUGUUCAGUGUUCGCGACACAUUGGCCAAUAGGGGAACACAUGACGGGUGAGGUGCGGUAUACAUGUCUCGCGUAAUGUGAGGCCGUGACAUCACCCGCCCUAUGGUAAGGGCUGCUGCGUGGCCAGGUCGCCUCACAUUCUGCUUCUGGAUUUACCUUCUGCCUUUCAGGAGCAGCUGUGGCGUGCUCUGGCGACCUGUACGGUGACCACUACGGCUCGGUGAGCGACGUGCUAGGGGCCGGCGGCGGUGCCGGUGGCGUGGAGGUGGGCGCCGGAGUUGGUCGCUCGGGCAGAGGCAUCUCCAUGUCGCUGCCCUCCUCGCCCAUGCUGCCGCGCCAGCCCAGGGCAGUGCUGGGACCCCCGCCCCUUGGUGCCGCCCGUCCUCCAGUGCCUGCCCAGAAGCCAAAGUAUGCAGAAGUCCCCAGGGUUCCAGAGUCUGCAAAGCUGGGGCCAGCAAUUGCAACUGAGAUAAAAGAAGGAGCUGGGCUUUUCCUGCAUGAUGCAGAGAAGGAGUGCAGUGUCCAGGAGACUGCGGACGCGUUGAUGACGCGCCUGGGACUCCUGCUGGGAAGCAAGGCAGCGGCGUGUAGUGUCCCCGAGAGAGCCGACACAAAGCCAUCGGCAGUCAGUGGCAUCAGCCCGUGUUCCACCCUGACGAGCGGAUCCCCUUCCCCCGGGACGGGCAGCCCCUGUUCCACGCUGCACGGAGGGCCCGCGGGGGGCUCCAAGCCAACGCCGCCCAGCAAGGGCAGCCCCUACAGCAGCGUGGGCAGCGCCAGCUCCACCCUGGAGAGCAAGGACAGCGGCAUUAUCGCCACAAUAACGAGCUCCUCAGAAAAUGUGGAACGGAGUGGCUGCAGCCUGGAGCGGAGUAAGGAGGAAAGUGGGGAAGGUGGCGAUGGAGGGAGCACGGGCACGAGUCCCUGGCACCACCCAGGCCAGGCCGGGCCACAGGGAGAGCCGACCGGUGCCGCUGGGACCAGGCCAUCUGUGUGCAGCCAAAGUCUGAGUCGCACGUUGGAGGGGGCGGCCGGAGCCACCCAGCUGCCUAUGCAGGAGGCCGUGUCUGCCCACAUGAUGCCCAGGCCCAACUCGGUGGCAGCCACGAGCUCGGCCAAGCUGGAGGACCUCUCCUACUUGGACGAGCAGCGCUGCACUCCGCUCCGCACCUCCAUCCGCAUGCCGCGGCAGCAGGCAGCCGCCGGUCGGCUUCAGCAGGAGCUGCGAGCUCGCUUCUACCCGUUCCAACCACCGGAGGCUGUCCUAAAGCCCCUGCUCUUCGAGGUGCCCAGCAUCACGGCUGACUCCGUGUUCGUGGGUCGGGACUGGCUCUUUCACGAGGUCGAGGUGGCACUGUGCAGCGCCGACUCGCAGCGUAGCCGCGGUGCCAUGGUGGCCGGGGACAUCGGCUUCGGAAAGACGGCACUGGUGUCGCGGUUGGUGGCGCUCAGCUCGCAUGGCAACCGCAUGAGGCAGAUCGUGUCGAGCAGUUCCAACCCAGCCCCCAGGGGUGCCGACUCCCUGCAGGAGCUGUCCCUCACCUACACGCCACAGCCCAGCCCUCACAGCAGCAGCGCCAGCCUGGUCAGCACGGGCAGCUGCCCAAGCACCCCCGAGCUACGGAGGCUGCGCGAGGGAGCUGUGACUCGUCUGGCCGCGCGGGUGGUGUCCUACCACUACUGCCAGGCUGACAACGCCUACACCUGCCUGGUGCCCGAGUUUGUACACAGCACGGCGGCGCUAUUGUGCCGCUCACCGCAGCUGCCCGCGUACCGCGAACUGCUCAUGCGGGAGCCGCACGCGCUGCCCGUGCUCAGCCUGCGCUCGUGCGUGCAGGACCCGGCCGCCGCCUUCCGCCGCGGCAUCCUCGAGCCGCUCUCCACGCUGCGCAGAGAGAGGAGAAUCCCGGAGGAAAACUUCAUAAUCCUGAUCGACGGCCUGAACGAAGCAGAGUUCCACAAGCCCGACUAUGGAGACACCAUCACCUCCUUCCUUGCCAAGAUGCUGCCGCGGUUCCCGGUCUGGCUCAAGCUGGUGGUGACGGUGCGCUCCAAGCUGCAGGCCAUUGUGGAAGCUUUUCCAUUCCACACAGUAUCCCUGGAUGGCUUUGGGGAGCGGGAGGAGAUUUCUGCAGACCUGCAGGCCUACGUGUCGUCACGCGUUCAGAGCAGCUGUGAGAUCCAGCAGAACGUGUCUCUAGGCACGGGGCGUCUGGACACCAUCGCUCUGGGCCGCCUCGGGGGCCACCUGUGCUCGCUCAGCCGUGGCUCCUUCCUCUACCUCCGCCUCACCCUCGACCUCAUCGAGUGGGGUCACCUCGUGCUCAAGAGCUCCAGCUACAAGGUGGUGCCCGUGUCACUGGCCGAGCUCUACCUGCUGCAGUGCAACAUGCGCUUCCCCACGACGUCCGCCUUCGAGCGUGUGCUGCCGCUGCUCAAUGUGGCGCUGGCCUCACUGCACCCGCUCACGGACGAGCAGGCAUUCCGCGCCGUGGCGGCUGGUUGGGUGGCGCCGCGUGCGACGGCGGUGUCGGCGUCGUCGGGCAGGUCGCGAAGGGCUGGCAGCGAGUUGGACGAGGUGACGCCGGCUGAUGAACGCCGGCAGGACGAGCAGCAGGCGGCGGCGGUGGCAGGGAUGGCGCCACCGCUCUCCUGGGAGGAUUUCCAGGCGCGGAUGGAGAUGCUGUCGGCGUUCCUGGUGCGUCGGCGCGACGGCACGCGCAUGUUCUGUCACCCGUCCUUCCGGGAGUGGCUCACCUGGAGGACGGGGGAGGGGCAGAGCACCAAGUUUCUUUGUGACCCGAGGAGUGGACAUGCGCUGCUGGCCUUCCUCUUCUCGCGCCAAGACAGCAAGCUGAACCGACAGCAGACCAUCGAGCUGGGCCACCACAUUCUGAAGGCACGCAUCUACAAGGGCUUAAGCAAGCGGCUGGGCGUGUCCUCAUCAGUGCUGCAGGCGCUGUGGGUGGCGUUCAGCACGGACGGGCUCUCGACGGCGCUUGCCUCUUUGCGCAAUCUGUACACACCCAAUGUGAAGGUCAGUCGGCUGUUGAUCCAGGCAGGCGCAGACGUGAACCACCGUACAGAGGCGCUGGGCAAUGCACCCAUCCUGUGCGUUUACUCGUACCUCGGUUAUCAGGAUAUGGAGAGCGUUCUCCUGGAGAUGGGCGCCGACCCCAACCUGGCUUCGGAAAGUGGAAUGUCUGCGCUCUGUUACGCUGCUUCCAGCGGACACCUGGGCAUCGUCAGAAUGCUCACGAGGAAAGGAGCCAAGGUCGACCACGUGGACCGAGCAGGGCAGUGCGCGCUGGUGCACGCUGGGCUCCGGGGACACCUGGACAUCAUGAUCCACCUGCUGCAGGCCGAGUGGACGCUCACCGGGCGCCAGCCGGGCCCCGUGCAACGAUACCAGGCGGUGCAGCAGGCGCUCACCGCUACCGCUAGCAGUGGCCACGUGGAGGUGGUGAGCUACCUGCUGGACAUGCUGCCAGAUUGGGACGUGGAAGAUCUGGGCCGGCCCCACAUUGACAGCUUUGACACCCUCUGGGGAGAGACAGCUCUGACGGCGGCGGCGACCCAGGGCCGGCUCGAGAUCUGCCGGCUGCUGCUGGAGUGGGGAGCGAAUGCGUCUCAGGCCAGCAGGCAGGGUGUCGUCCCUGUGUUUGGUGCCGUCCGUAAGGGACACUGGCAGGUGGUGGAGCUGUUGCUGAGCCACGGCGUGGACGUGAAUGUGACGGACAGGCAGGGCCGCACGCCGCUCAUGGUGUCCUCUUCUGAGGGCCACUUGCAGACCGCUGCGUUCCUGCACUCCCAGGGGGCCUCGGUGGCAGCCGUGGACCGCGAGGGCCUGUCGGCUCUGAGCUGGGCAUGCCUCAAGGGGCGGCUUCCCGUCGUGCGAUUCCUGCUGGAGAACGGCGCUGCCAUCGAGCAUGCGGACAAGAGCGGGCGCACACCCCUAGACCUGGCCGCCUUCUACGGCGACGAGAACGUGAUCGACUGCCUCAUUGAGCAUGGGGCAUCAAUCGACCACACGGACAACAGUGGCAUGAGCCCGCUGGAUCGCGCCAUCGGCUGCCGCAACUCCUCUGUGGUGGUGGCUCUACUCAGGAAGGGGGCUCGCCUAGGGCCAGCCGCUUGGGCUAUGGCCACAUCCAAAGCGGACGUGCUCAUCGUGCUGCUCAACAAGCUCAUCGAGGAAGGAAACUCUCUGUACAAGAAAGGACGAAUGAAGGAGGCUGCCCAGCGCUACCAGUACGCCCUGAAGAAGCUGCCACGAGAGGCUCUCAGUGAGGACCAGCAGAACUUUACCGACCUGAAAGUGACGGUCUUCCUGAACCUCUCGCGCUGCCGGCGCAAGAUGAACGAUUUUGGAAUCGCUGAGGAAUUUGCCACCAAGGCGCUGGAGUUGAAGCCGGACUCGUUUGAGGCGUUCUACGCUCGCGCUCGGGCCAAACGCAGCAGCAGGCAAUUUUCUGAAGCCCUUUUGGACCUGCGCGAGGCCGUGCGGCUGUGCCCGGGGAACAGGGAGAUCCAGCGGCUGUUGAUGCGCGUGGAAGAGGAGUGCAGGACGCUCAGCCAGAGCCAGCAUCAGCUGCGCAGGGCCGCGCCGCUCCGGGCUGCGAGCAUCGGCGGCGGCAGCGCCGGGCUCUCGGGCUGGCUGGCGAGCAUCGAGAGGCCGGGUGGGUCGGCACAGGGCGCGCUCGAAGCAGACCGGCUGUCGAGCGCCUCCACGAGCAGGACAGGUGGCAACGUGGACCGACCGGGCAAGCACCGACUUGGCAGGAGUGAGAGCGAAACAUCAGGAAGCGCCAACGCAGAGCGGCUACAGCGGGGCGGCGUGACCAGGCCUGCACCGCACUGGCCCGUGAGCCAGACAGGGCCGAGCGGGGUUGCUAAAGGGUCCAGCGAGGCCACGGGUUUGGUGGACGGUGCUGAGUUGGCGGCCUGGUUGGACGGCUCCGGUUCCCAACCCAGAGCCAGAGCUGGGAUCACCGAGGGGGCAGGGCUUGCACUCCGGAGGGCCUCAGGCCCAGCGGCGGCCCAGGCUGGGCCAUCUGGAAAUGCCGCUGACAACGUGGGGCCGCAGUCAGCUCAGCCAGAGAUGGAGUCUGACCCAGAAGAGGAUGACGAUCCUUCCCUGGGCAUGGAUGAGGAGAAUGAGAAUGCAGAGGGAGACAAUGAGGAUGAGGAUGAUGACAGCACAACCUCCUCGCCCAUCCUGCGCCAGGCGCCCGGGUCUCCUCGAUCUAAGCACUGCUCAGAAGAGUCUCCACCUUCAUCUGUCUCGAUCCCAGGGCACAACGAGGCCUGGCGGCCAAGGAAAGAGCCCAAGAGUGGCAGUGCUUCCCUCUCUUCCUCAUCACUCUCUUCUGUCACCUCCUCGUCCUCCUCCUCCACGUCAUCUUCAUUGUCGUCUCCCGCAAACACACAGAGGGACCCGCACUCUAUAAAACCGGCGCUGGAAGGCAUCUGUCCACCACCACUGCCCCCAAAAACACGUGGCGGCAGCGUCAAAAAGACGGUCAUGGUGGAGAGGCCUGAGCUUUGUGGAGAUGCCUGCCUAAGCAGUCCCUGUCAGUUGCAGCAUCAGGACGGCUUCCCUGAACCCAUCACCGUGGAACAAGGGCUUCCCCUGCAGACGGCAAGGGCACAGAUUGUUAAGACCAGGCAGGUAUGCGGGACGCCUGUGCACAGCGGAGUGGUGGGCGUAGGUCCCAGGGCCGUGCUAACCCCAUCACCCCUGUCAUUGGUGACUAAUGGCUCCGAGUGGCCAGGAAGUGGCGGGAACAGUGCGGCCACGAGUCUGGAGAGAAUUGCUCGCCAGCUCGACGGACCACAGCCCCAGAGCUCCAUGCCAUCGUCCACUACCACCGGCCCAACGGAGACAUCUACAGUGCCUGCUGAAGUGAGCCACACUCAGCGGGUUGGUUUGUCGCCGCUGCCCUCCCCAGGCCCGCACCUGAAGACAUCCGCAUCCAGCAGCAGCCUGACCUCUACAGCAAGUUCCAGUGAUGGCGACAGGCCUCACGCGCUCGGUUGUCUGAGAAACCUGGCCCACGACCGCCACGCACGAGCAGAUCGGUCCAGCGAGUUCCACGCCUGGCCUCAGGAGUCAUUGGGCAGGAAGCCACGCACGACGCCCUUCAUGGGAAUUAAGGACAAGACAGCGCGGACGCAUCAAGGCCGGGGCACUGGCACCCUCUCGCCGGCACCUUCGACCGUCGCCCAUGCGGAGGGGGCCUCCAUGCUCCAGGGAAUUGGGCAGCUUUCUCGGCCUUGCCGGGUGGCCACCACGUACAACUGCGGCGUGCCGAACAGCCCGCCCGGAGGCACGGCCAUCGUGCUCAACGGCACCCAGGACCCCAGGCUGCAGCGACCCACGCUGGGAGUGCCAGAGGGAUCGUGCCGGAAUGCGGCACAGGACGGCGGCGACCCAUCCAGGGCAGCGCCCCCAAUGCUGCCGGCAAAACCAAAGAGAUCCUACGUCGAGUCCAAUGUCUGAACGAAGGCGCAGCGGAGAUGGUGGAGAUUAAUUUAAAACCACGAGCAGUUGGACAAUUGAAUGUGGGACAGCACUUGGUUUACAAAUGGGAAAAAAA